GUUUCCAAGGGUCCGUCCGAGGAAGCCGAGGCUGCGGACCCCGGCGCCCGGCCAUGGCCUCCCCCGGGCUGCCGCAGCCCCCCGCCGAGGGCUCGCCCUGGCCUCUGCGCCUGCUGCCCGCGCCUCCCGGGCUUUUGCGGCUGGACCCCACCGGCGGCGCGCUCUGGCUGCUCAGCCUCGCGGCGCUGCUCGGCUGGAGCUGGCUCUGGCGGCACCGGGCGCGGGGCAUCCCUCCCGGGCCCACGCCCUGGCCCGUGGUGGGCAACUUCGGCUUCGUGCUGCUGCCUUCGUUCCUCCGACGGAAGAGCUGGCUGCACCGCCGGGCGAGGGCCGCAGGGACGGAGCCCUCGGCCCUGAGCCCGCAGUUGCUCCUGGCCGACCUGGCCCGCGUCUACGGCAACGUCUUCAGCUUCUUCAUCGGCCACUACCUGGUGGUGGUCCUCAGCGACUUCCACAGCGUGCGCGAGGCGCUGGUGCAGCAGGCCGAGAUCUUUAGCGACCGCCCGCGGGUGCCUCUGGUCUCCCUCGUAACCAAGGAGAAAGGGAUUGUGUUCGCACAUUACGGUCCGGAGUGGAGACAACAGAGGAAGUUCUCCCAUUCAACCCUUCGUCAUUUUGGCUUGGGAAAGCUGAGCUUGGAGCCCAGGAUUAUUGAAGAGUUUCGGUAUGUGAAAGAGGAAAUGCAGAAGCACGGAGAAGACCCCUUUGACCCUUUCCCCGUCGUCAACAAUGCCGUCUCUAACAUCAUUUGCUCCCUGUGCUUUGGCCGGCGCUUUGACUACACCAAUAGCGAGUUUAAGAAGACGCUCAAUCUCAUGUCACGAGCACUAGAAAUCUGUCUGAACACCCAGCUCCUCCUGGUCAACAUAUGCCCCUGGCUUUAUUAUCUUCCCUUCGGACCAUUUAAGGAAUUAAGACAAAUUGAAAAGGAUAUUACCACUUUCCUUAAAAAAAUCAUCAAAGACCAUCGAGAGUCUCUGGAUGUAGAGAACCCUCAGGACUUCAUAGACAUGUACCUUCUCCACGUGGAGGAGGAGAGAAAAAAUAACAGCAACAGUAGCUUUAAUGAAGAUUACUUAUUUUAUAUCAUUGGUGAUCUCUUCAUUGCUGGGACUGAUACCACAACUAACUCCUUGCUUUGGUGCCUUCUGUAUAUGUCACUGAACCCCGAUGUACAAGAAAAAGUUCAGGAAGAAAUUGAAAGGGUCAUUGGUGCUAACAGAAUCCCUUCCCUCACUGACAAGGCCCAAAUGCCCUACACGGAAGCCACCAUCAUGGAGGUGCAGAGGCUGACGGUGGUGGUGCCCCUCGCCAUUCCUCACAUGACCUCGGAGAAAACAGUGCUCCAAGGAUAUACCAUUCCUAAAGGCACAGUGAUAUUACCCAACUUGUGGUCAGUGCACAGAGACCCAGCCAUUUGGGAGAAACCAGACGAUUUCUGCCCUAAUCGAUUUCUGGAUGAUCAAGGACAACUUAUUAAAAGAGAAACAUUUAUUCCUUUUGGAAUAGGGAAGCGGGUAUGUAUGGGAGAACAACUGGCAAAGAUGGAAUUGUUUCUGAUGUUCGUGAGCCUAAUGCAGAGUUUCACCUUCACUUUACCCAAGGAUUCUAAGAAACCCAUCCUGACUGGAAGAUACGGUCUGACUCUAGCCCCACACCCAUUUAAUGUAAUCGUUUCAAAGAGAUAAAGAACUUGCCCAAGAAGAGAAUGUAAAUACAUUUCCUCCUCAACAGAUUCUUCCUUCUGCAGUUGACGAUAGACCCAGCAACGCAGUGGCCUCGGGUCAGGCUCGGACGAGAGGGAGACCAGAACGUGGGUAGAGCUUGCAUCAUCUUGGACCAUCCCUCAGCAGGGUGCUUCUGUCACUUGAGUAACCCACAUCUGUGACUUAGGGGAUGGGGACUCGGGUGCUGGGUCGGGAAGCAGGAGAUCCGGA